AUGGAGGAGGCUUAUAAGAAGCGCACUGAUUGGUAUCUGCAUGGAGAGUUGAGCUCAGUGGUUGCAGAUGAAAGCAUGGCAAGUCAAUGGAAUGAUGAGAUCAUUGGGUUAUACAGAGCGGCUGAGUGUUCUGAUGAAGCUUUAGCUCGUACGGGGGAUGUCUUUGAGAUAGAAGAGGGAGAGGACAAGAAAGAAGAUGAUUUUUUGGCGAAGCUAGCUGAAGCUGAAACACCUUUGUAUCCUACAUUCACAUGGGAUCAGAUGAAUGCGAAAUACCCUAUCUUUGCCGCUGAAGAAAGGAACAUGAGGCUUGGACUUUCAAUAGACAAAUUUAAUCCAUUCAAUACGAAGAAUUCUAUGUACAGUUGCUGGCCGGUAUUGUUAGUCAACUACAACUUACCACCUGAUUUAUGUAUGAAGGAGAACAUAAUGCUUUCGUUGUUGAUUCCUGGUCCACAACAGCCCGGUAACAUUAUAGAUGUCUACUUAGAGCCUCUCAUUGAAGAUCUAAACCAUCUAUGGAGCAGUGGAGAGUUAGUGUACGACGCUUUUACUCGAUCAACUUUCACACUGAAGGCAAUGCUGCUUUGGAUGAUCAGUGAUUUCCCAGCUUAUGGGAAUCUUGCAGGCUGCAAAGUGAAGAGAAAAAUGGGGUGUCCUUUAUGUGGGAAGAACACAGACAGUAUGUGGCUUAAGUACAACAGAAAACAUGUGUAUAUGUGCCACAGAAAAAGGAGUAAGAGAAAAAAGAUGGUCUGUACCGAUUUAGAUGAAGAGCAAGCGGAAGAUGAAGAUGAGGAGGAAGAGGAAGAAGUGGAAAUAGAUGAGGAUGAAUGUUAUGCAUGUAGAGAGAAAUGUGGCUGUGGGAAAUCCAAGGAUGGUCUUCCGGCUCGUAAAGAUAUUGAGGAUCUUGGUAUAAGGCAGGACUUUCACCCUCGCAUCUAUGGAAAACGAACAUAUCUUCUUCCAGCACCGUGGUUUUUGUCUAAGACAGAGAAGAAGAUAUUUUGCAGGAGACUUUUUGACUUCAAAGGGCCAGAUGGAUAUUGUUCCAACAUAUCUAGAGGUGUUUUGUUAGAUGACUAUAAAGUCACAAGGCUGAAAUCACAUGACUAUCAUGUGUUAAUGCAGCAACUUCUUCCAAUUGCACUUAAAGGGUUGUUACCUAAAGGACCAAGACUAGCAAUUUCAAGGUUAUGCGCGUUCUUCAAUCUGUUGUGCCAGAGAGUUAUUGAUAGAGAGCAGUUUCUGGUUAUGGAAGCGGAGAUUGUAGAGACGCUUUGCUUGUUUGAAAGAUAUUUCCCAGCUCCAAGUUUCUUUGAUAUCAGGGUCCAUUUGACUGUGCAUCUAGGAAGGGAGGCCCGACUUGGUGGACCUGUCCAUUUUAGAUGGAUGUACCCAUUUGAGAGGUACAUGAAAGUCCUCAAAGACUUUGUUAGAAAUCCUGCUAGACCAGAAGGGUGCAUUGCUGAGUCUUAUCUUGCCGAGGAAUUGAGCAUCUCCAGUAUUUACAAGACUCAGAUGACAGAUGUAGGAGAUGCAUCAGUCUUAUGGAGUAUGCAUACUAAGAAUUUUGCUUCAUGGCUAAAACAACAGGUGCCUAUUGAUUCUAAAGAACAUGACGAAACACUCAAGUGGCUAGCUUAUGGUCCUUAUGUUUGUAGUUCUAGUGCGAAAGAUACAGCACAGGUGGUUGAUUGGGUUUCCUACUACGGCAGAGAAACUGACAUCAUUCUGAUAGACUAUAAUGUCUUCUAUGUUCCUCUGUUCCGGUGUCAUUGGGCUGUAAAGGGUAAUGGAGUGAAGAUUGAAGAUGGUUUUACACUUGUUAACAUGAAUCAUAGUCAAGCCUCUUUCACAAGUUACCCAUAUAUAAUGGCUUCUCAAGCGAAGCAAGUCUCUUACUCAAGGGAAAAUGAGUCUUCUAAUUGGUAUAUUGUCAUGAGAGGUCCUUCAAGAAGAUAUAGUAAAGAAGAUAUUCAAGAGGGAAAUGCUGAAUUUGGGCCAUUGCCUACAAAUAUUGACAUGGAAGUUGACAAUUAUGAAGCCGAUAAUGGGCAGACCAACAUGAAGUUGUUCAAGAGCAGGAAGGACCUGAACUUGAUCCAGAACAACAAAACCCUGAACAGAGAAACGAUGAACAACAACAAACAGAAGAGCAGCACAACACAAACGAGCCUGAAGGUGAAGUCGAACUUUCUACUAAUGAAGAGCCUGAAGUUGGAACCAACCGUAAGAGAAAGCGUGGACCAACAAGAAUGA